AUGAAUUCAAUCGAGUUUUACAUUUCGUGUCAAAUAUUCAAAGAGAUCUUAGAGUGCGUCCAGUAUUUGCAUGAAUUGAGUCCACAGAUCAUUCAUCGGGAUCUCAAACCCGACAAUAUAUUGGUGGCCCGGGAUGUGAAGGACGGCCGCUAUUUUAAAUUAUGUGGCUUUGGUUUGUCGACAGUACACGACCGGGACUUCUAUACGAUGACUGGUAGGCCAAGCGGUGCUCCUGAAUAUCAGGCACCGGAAGUCACAAAUGGCAGGUAUGACCACAGGAUAGACAUCUUUAGUCUGUUUAAAAUCGGCGAAAAACUAUUUGAUUUGAAUGUGAAUGACAAGUCGUAA